AUGGUUGAAAAAGAGAUACCACAGCGUCUGACUAAUUGUUGUAAGGCAAGAAAUAGUUGUAUGUAUGUUGGUUUUCACAACGAGCGUGUGACGGUGGAGUCGGCUGGUUGGGCGUCUUCCUCUCGUAAGGUGGUACGUGAGGAGGAGGAGGUCGAGGAGGAGGUGAGACAUCAUGAGGAUGAUAUACCUGAUGCUGACCCUCCGAGCGGGGAGGAUGAUGCGGAAGAAGACUAUCCGGGAGGACCUACAGACACUUCUGUGCUGAUUUACUAUCACGACCACGUCGCUCGACUUGUUUGGGAGGAAGAGGAACGGCCGACCAUAAAAUCCAUGAACCAUGCACGGAAGAUAUUUUCUCUAUUAAAACCACAGGCUCAGUGGUUUAAUAAUGUGGUAGCUGGGAGCGGGCUUGGCGAGUUAUGCAUGACCGACUAUAGUACCAUCAGCCACGGCAUGCAGGACGCAUUUGUCGAGAGGUGGCAUAAGGAGACGUCUUUUUUCCACCUUCAUGUUGGGGAAUUGACUAUCACCUUACACAAUGUGGCCUGUCUGCUCCACCUGCCGAUCAAAGGGAGGCUGCUCGACCAUUCCCGAAUAUAG